GAGGAAGAGGAAGAAGACGACUACCUCACAAUGGCCCUCCCCACCGAAACCCAGACCCUGCCCGAGACCUCCCUCCAGCGCCGCCAGCGCCUCGCCAAGGAAGGCCUCCGCCGCGGCCGCGUGCCCUCCAAAGCCGAGCUCGCGGCACAGGAGCGAGAGCGCCGCGAGGAAGGGCUCUCGAGGUCCCUCAUCGCCAAGAAGUCCAAGGGCCUGGCGAUGAUGGCCAAGAUGGGGUUCCGGCCUGGGACGGGGCUGGGGGCGGGCGGGACAGUGGCGAGGGUCGAGCCGUUGCGGAUUGAGGUGCGGGAGGACCGGGGCGGGAUUGGGCUGGAAGGGGAGAGGAGGCGGAAGCUGGAGGAAGCGGGGGCGGCGGCGGCGGCGGCGGUCAAGAGGCCGCGGCUGGAUGAUGGGGGGGACUAUAGGGUGCGCAUGGCCAAGGAGAGGGACGCGGCGAGGAAGGAGAAGCUUGUGCUGGCGGCGCAGAAGAUCGCAGAGCGGAUGGAUGAGGACGAGGAGGGGGACGAGGAGGCUGCGGGUCCUGACAAGGAGAAACGAAGUGACAAGGACGAUGAUGAACGACAAGAAGGGGAACAGAAAAAGAAGAAAGGCUCCACAAAGCCCUCCUCCUCCUCUAAACCCCUCCAGUCCAUCCCCGUCCUCUACCGCGGUCUCGUCCGCAACCGCGAGCAGGCCGAGCGCGACAGGCGCAUGCGCCACGACCUCGAGACCAGCAUGGGCACGCUCUCGUCCAAGCUGCCCACCUACGACGACGACACCCUCGACAGCGAUGACAAGCUCGCCCUCGGCAAGGACAUUACUACGACGACUACGACGACGACGACGACGACGUAUAUGCCCGCGGACGAUCUGGACGAGGAGGACGCGGAGCUAGAUGGGUUCGAGGCGCUGGACGUGGAUGAGAGGCUGGGUAGGCUGGUUGGGUAUCUCCGAGAGAGGUACUUGUAUUGCUUUUGGUGCAAGUUUAGGUAUCCUGACGAGGGGAUGGAAGGGUGUCCUGGGUUGGAGGAGGAAGAUCAUGAUUAG